GACUGUGUGCCAUCCCACAGCCAUCAUGUUCAUGCUCUCCUUUCAGAGGCAGAAAGAACGCAAGAAACUGGAGAGAGAGGAGAGGAUGGAGGACACAUCAGAGCAGGAAGAGGAAGUGGCUGGAGUGGUGUCAGAGAGUGACACUGAGGAGGAACUGAAAGAAGAGGAGGAAUGCACCGCCUUUCGUCCCAGAAACAAAUGCAACCCUGAGUCAGUCCCUGACCUAGUGACAGAGAACAAGAACAACCACCAGCCACCUCACAGGACCUCUGAGGAGUUAAGAACACGAAUGAAGCUGAAUGAAGCACACCACACUUUCCUUGGACAAAGGAAAGAGGACCAAGACCUCUAUUUUAAGGAGCCAGAAUGGGAUGUCAGCAGUGCGUUUGUGGCUAAAGUUGCCAGCCACAUCAAAUUCAAAACCCUGAAGAGCAGAGCAACGCAGAUCUCCAGAGAGAACAAGGAGAACGAGGCCAGGACCAGCCAGGUGGAGAACACAGAUGGAAAGAAGAGAAGGGGGGAGUCUCUUACAGUGCAGGGCAUUCAGAUGUUUGGACAAGGCCAGUACAGCCAGGCAGUGGACAUGUUUACAGAAGCCAUCAACUGUGACCCCAAGGACCACAGGUUCUAUGGAAAUCGGUCUUACUGCUAUUGGUGUCUGGAACAGUACCACUCUGCUCUAACAGACGCUCACAGGUCCAUUCAGCUGGCUCCUGAUUGGCCGAAGGGAUACUUCCGUAAGGGGUGUGCUCUGAUGGGAUUAAAGCGGUACAGUGAGGCAGAGAAGGCAAUGGAGCAGGUGUUGAAGUUGGAUCAGCACUGCAAGGAAGCACCCAGUAAACUCUACACCUGCCAGGUCCUGCAGCUCAUGGACUUGGGUUUUGAGGAAGAGCAGAGUAAACUGCUGCUGCAGAAGUUUACCACUGUUCAGGCAGUCGUCAACUCCCCAGAGGCCAGAACACUGAAGCACACACCUCAGCACGACCAGAGCGGGAAUUGUUGCUCUCUGUGGGUGGGGAACAUCACGUUAGAAGUUACAGAGAAAGACCUCUGGGAUCUCUUUAGAAUGUUUGGUGAGAUAGAGAGCAUCAGAGUUCUUCAUGAGCGUUUCUGUGCCUUCAUCAACUUCAAGAAUGCCAACAUGGCUUCCAGAGCCCUGGAAAAGCUGCAGGUGAGUGGGGGUGGAGCUAGGGAGCAGCAGGCUGGUGAUGAGGUACCCAGACCGCUGGAUCCAGCGGACUCUGCCCCCCAUACAAAGGACCAACACCAGCCUCAGCUCCAACGCUGCAGGGACACAGCAGAGCUCAGCUGCCGCAGGGUCCAGACGCUGUGUACCUAUAGAUGGAGACGUGUGCUUCUACUGGCGGACCACAGGCUGUUUCUAUGGCGACAAGUGCCUCUUCAAACACAUCCCAGACCAACAAGGCCAAGACAAGAGACCAUGACAACCCCGAAUGUGUCCCCAUGCCUUCCGAACCUCAACGUCAAGGCACAUUAAAGACGGAUUUACAAAGAAAAAGGAGGAACAGGUACAAGAAGGACAGCAAGCAGAGUGGAGGACAGAAGCUGAGAAGAUGAUUUGCUUGAGAAGACUGACAACUGAAUGUGUUUCAGUCUCAGGAAGAUGCUUAAAGAAUGAAUUCAUGUGAUGCUGCAAAAGGAGGUCAAGUGUCAGUGAGGAGUCUCAGUACUCCAUUUGCAUCCUAGAAAACCCCGGAAACCUCCUGGUUUAUGCCUGGAGAUCCCUGCUUGGUUGAAAGAAUGUCAUCUGUGUCAUAAGGAUUUACUUGGACAAAUAUAUUUGGUGGUACCAUAUUGGAAACUACCAAAGCUCAGUUCUGUGACAAACUGUCCUUUUGUCCACUUUUGAAUUACUUUAAAGUCAAAAGUUAUUUUCAUAGCUUUUGAGAUGAAACAUGAAAUGUGU